GCCCCCGCGGCCGGAAGCGGAAGUGKGUCGCGGCGAUCAUGGUGCCGCUGGGGCGGGGAAGGAGCCGCCGCCGGCACCCGGUGAGCGGAUGAGUCGUUCCGGCCGGCGCUCCCGGUAGCGCGGUGAGAGGCGCGGAGCCAUGGGCGAGAACAGUCCCGAGGGCAACGUCAUCUGCUAUGAAGUGGAAGAAGACGAUUUAGCCCAAGAUGACAAUAUGAUGAGGUUUGCUGACAAAAACGGGCUGGUGUCUUCCUCAUCCGGGACGGUUUAUGACAGGACAACUGUGCUCAUAGAGCAGGACCACAGCGUGCUGGAGGAUGAGGAGGAUGAAGGACAGUGUGGUGAUCACUUGCCUUUUUUACCGGAGGGUCAUGAAGAAGGAUUUCAUUUAAUAGCAGAUCAUGAAGGAAUGUCACAAGGUUAUGUGCAACAUAUUAUUUCUCCAGAUCAGAUCCAUCUAACAAUAAAUCCUGGUUCAACUCCUAUGCCAAGAAACAUCGAAGGAGCAACACUCACUUUGCAGUCUGAGUGCCCAGAAACCAAGCGUAAGGAAGUUAAGCGCUACCAGUGCACCUUCGAGGGCUGUCCACGCACCUACAGCACCGCCGGCAACCUGCGCACGCACCAGAAAACCCACCGUGGGGAGUACACCUUUGUCUGCAACCAGGAGGGCUGUGGCAAGGCCUUCCUCACUUCCUACAGCCUCAAAAUCCACGUCCGGGUGCACACCAAGGAGAAACCGUUUGAGUGCGAUGUGCAGGGCUGUGAGAAGGCUUUGGGCAUGUUUUUUAGGUUGAAAGCACAUCAAAGGCUUCACACAGGGAAAACAUUUAACUGUGAAUCAGAAGGCUGCAGCAAAUACUUCACAACGCACAGUGACCUGAGGAAGCACAUUCGAACACACACAGGAGAAAAGCCAUUUCGGUGUGAGCAUGAUGGCUGUGGGAAGGCUUUUGCUGCAAGCCACCACCUCAAAACACAUGUUAGAACACAUACUGGGGAGAAACCCUUCUUCUGUCCCAGCAAUGGUUGUGAGAAGACUUUCAGCACCCAGUACAGUCUCAAGAGUCACAUGAAAGGUCAUGAGAAGGGACAUAGCUAUAAUGCACUUCCCAAUAACAAUGUGUCUGAGGAUACAAGUCACUCACUUUGUCUGAGUGAUUUAAGCCUCAUAUCAACAGAUUCAGAAUUGCGGGAGAACUCUAAUCCGACACAUGGACAGGACCUCAGCACAAUCUCACCAGCAAGCAUCUUUGAGUCUAUGUUUCAGAGCCCGGACCACACUGCAAAUCAGGAUGACUCUCAGCAGACAGCAACUGCCUUGAUUGAGGGGUUUAACGGUGACACAGACUCGGUGGCUGCGGUCCCGCCCCCAGCAGGAGACGCAGCGUCGUUGUCCCUCCCCCUGGUUCUGCAGCUCGGCCUGCCUGAGCCGGCGCAGGCAGCUCUGCAAGCCUCRGCAGCACCCGCUGCUCCCUCCUCCAUAGCACCCAGCUCACAGCCAGCUGCRUUUGGGAAUCCUGCAACUGUUUUACAAUCCCCAGAAGUGCCUGUUCCUCACAGCACACAGUUUGCAGCCAGUCACCAAGACUUCCUGCAGCACAGCCAGCCGCCKCCGCAGCCCAUGGUGCAGGGACUGUCAGUGGUUGCUGGGGCUCCUGCCCCGACAGCCCCGAGUGCCRCUGAGCCCCUGCCAGCUGUAGUUCAGACUGUGCCUGUUGGUGCAAACCCCGUUUUGACCAGUAACCCCACUAUAACCAUUACUCCUUCUCCAAGCACCGCCAUUCUGCAGUCCAGCAUUGUCAUGGGAGAGCAGAACCUACAAUGGAUCUUAAAUGGUGCCACCGGUUCCCCGCAAAGCCAAGAACAAAUGCCACAAGUUCCAAAAGUAGUAGAAAAGGUGUUUUUUACCACUGCAUUACCAGUAGCUGGUAACACAGGAAACCCUGUUCAGCAGAUUGGUCUCAGCGUUCCUGUCAUUAUUAUAAAGCAGGAGGAGGCCUGCCAGUGCCAGUGUGCCUGCCGAGACUCUGCCAAGGACAAARCCACCACCACCGUUAAGAAGGAAUGUUCCUCACCUGAUUCAAAAGCUUUGGAGCAGCCAGCUCCCCAGCUGCAGCCUCAGACCUUUCCUUCCUCCUCAGCUCCUCCUUGUGGGCAGAGCAGUCAGAUAGUUAACCCUUCAGACUCCCAGACUGAAACAUUAAGUGCCAUGGAUGUAUCGGACUUCCUGUCCCUCCAAAGCCCUGAAACCCCGUCUAAUAUAAUUCCAAUCGAAGCACUACUACAGGGUGAGGAAGAAAUUGGUUUGAAUAGCAGCUUCUCUAAGUGAAGAUGUUCCAGAUUUUUCUUUGCACCUGGAGGGUAAAACCCUUCUCCUUAGAAGCAGAAACUGAAGGAUCGAUUCAUAUUCCUUCCUSUUUGGAAGUGUUGUGGCUUAUUUCUGCUUCACAGAUGUCAUCUUAGUCACGUCCCAGGUACAUCCACCUUUGAGAUUCUAUCUAAAAAAAAAAGAAAAGGUAAAAAAAAAAAAAAGCUAAGUUAUAUAUGAACUGUUUUGGCUGCACUGUCUGUCACUUUUGCUUGUCAUAUGUGAACACAGAAGUUAAGGUUACUCGUGUGCAAAAAGUUUUAUAAAGGAAAAGGGGGGUUACUUUGUCUCCAAUUGCACAUCACUUAYGUUUGGGAUUAAGGUACUGGCAGCAAGUGGGUCUUUGUUACAACUUCUUGGGUCUCUAAUUUUCUCCUGUCUCUCAUGUCUGUACUAACCAUGCACUAAAGGGGAGCCCAGGAAAGGAGACUGCUGGGGGAGGAAAUGGCAUUGCUGUGGGAGAGGAUUUAUCUGCAGUGUGAUUGGAAUGCGAUUGUCACAUCCYGAUGAGGAGCUGGUGCCUGGUUUUGCUGUGUACUAAUGCUCUUACUAAAGCCUGCAGGAGCUUUGGGGGAGUUUAUUUCUGCAGGGCACAAGUACUUUGUGCCCCUGAUAGAUCUGUUAAUUUAAUUCCACUAGCACUCAAGUGUGUUGCAGACACUGUGUCACAACAUGGAAGCACAGUCAGAGCUGCUGCUGGCUCUGAUUCCAGUUUGUUUUCUUGGCCUCUCUGAAGGCUGCAGUGAGUCCCAGGUGUGGUCAGGUUGGUGCCUGCUGCUCUUUUGAUUUCUUAGGCUCUGUUCAGCGACAAGUCGUCAUCCUAACCCUGGGACUGUUGAAUCAGGAGCACGGUGCCUUUGCUGGUUACUCUCAUCUUUUGUGAAGAACAACUGUUAAGAAAAUUUUCAGAAAGAUUCAACAUAAACUCAGUUUGAAUUCAGUGAGUCUGUCCUUCAGUUGUCCAUGAAUGCUUCUUUUUUUCCAGAGAGCUGUGUAAUUUCUGCCUGACUCUGCCUCCAGCCUACUGCAAUGCCAGCUUUUUGUGCACGGGGCUAUUUCUUGACUAAAAGAUGUUACGCAACAGAGUAGUUUUUCAUAUCAAACUGAGAGUCUAUAUUCUAACCUACUCAGGGUAAAUCAAAUCCAAACCCCCCCUUCCACCAAAAAGCCUGUAAUGUUGCAAUAAAUGCAGUCUCAUUCUAAAUGGUUUAUUUAUGCUGCAUUAUUUUAAAAGAUGUAAUUUUAUAGUUUUUAUCCAUCUUUCUGGCUUUGGCUGUCAGUCUUCUUGUGUUAAAGGAAAGAAUGAUUAAAUAGUCUUUAUUCAGUUUACAGUGUUGUCAUUAGUGAGAUACAAAGAUAAUGACUGUAAGCCAAUUAGUGGGGAGUGUUCCUGCACUCAAUUUAGGAAUGCAAACUGUCGUGUGUAGAGAUCUUUCACUCUUUGUGUUUGGCCAGAGCUGCUCUCUGUACCUCCAGGGAGGGGAGAACGCUGUGAGUGCAGCCUGGUGAUCAGCAGGUGUUUAACUCUCCUGUGACAUCCUCAGUGCAGCCUGACCAACACUGAGCCAGUGGCUUCAGUGACCUGUUGUGCUAUUCCCUUGAGAAUACACUGCCCAGGCACGGCUAGAAAGGGGCUGAAGGGAGCUGGCCUUUCCCUCUUGGACAGUUUGCUUGCAGUCAAAUGCAGAAGGGGAAAAACUUGUCCCGUGAGGGCAAACUGUUGUGCCAGGAGUGCUCUCUGCCUGGGACAUGCUGUGUGUCUGUGCCAGGGCA